CUCAGGAGAGGAUAAUGGCGUCUGCGGAGCUUCUUGUGCCGCUUGGAGGGUCGAAGCGGCUCCUGGGAGAGAGAGAGGAUGCCUAGAAGAGCUUGCUGGACAACAGAGAAUAAGGAGCAGCAUUAAAACGUAAAACAAACUAUCAAUCAAAAUAUUUUCCUAUUCCUCUGGAAAGUUUAAAAACACUUCUUCCUCAGCAGAUGACAGAUGAUGGAAGAUCACAUCUGAUUAUGCAGGAGAGGAUCCCUCCAGUGAAAAGCUAUAUAAAUGUUUGGAGUGCUUUUCUCUGAAAAGCUUCCUCUUGAUUCAUGGAAGAGCCCAUACAGGAGAGAAGCCAUGACUUUGAAUGUCCUGUUUGUGGGAAAAGUUUCAGGCAGAAUUCCCACCUGGUAGAACACCAGAUGACGCACACAGGAGAGAAACUCUAUAAAUGUAGUGAUUGUGGAAGAGGUUUCAAGCAGAGUUCUAAGCUUGUGAGACACCAGAGAACUCACACAGGAGAAAAACCAUAUCAGUGCCUAGAUUGUGGGAAAAGUUUCAGUCAGAGUUCCUACCUGGUGAAACACAAGAUGACUCACACUGGGGAGAAACCCUUUGAAUGUCCUGUUUGUGGGAAACGUUUCAGUCAGAAUUCCAGCCUGGUGGAACACCAGAGAACUCACACAGGAGAAAAACCAUAUCAGUGCCUGGAUUGUGGGAAACAUUUCAGUCGAAGUUCCUGCCUGGUGAAACACAGGAUGACUCACACUGGAGAGAAACCCUUUGAAUGUCUUGUUUGUGGGAAAAGUUUCAGUCGAAAUUACAUCUUGGUGAGACACCAGAGAACUCACACAGGAGAAAAGCCUUAUGAGUGCCUGGAUUGUGGGAAAAGUUUCAAGGAGAGUUCCCACCUGGUGGAACAUCACAGGACACACAAAGGAGAGAAACCAUAUAAAUGUAGUGAUUGUGGAAAAGAUUUCAAGCAGAGGUCUAAGCUUGUGAGACACCAGAGAACUCAUACAGGAGAAAAACCAUUUCAAUGUCGGGAUUGUGGGAAAAGUUUCAAUCAGAAUUCCAACCUGAUAAUACACCAGAGAAGUCACACAGGAGAAAAACCUUAUCAGUGUCUGGAUUGUGGCAAAACUUUCAAGCAGAAUUCUAUGCUUGUGAUACACAAGAGGACUCACACUGGAGAGAAACCAUAUAAGUGCCUGGAUUGUGGGAAAAGUUUCAAACAGAAUUCUAUGCUUGUGAUACACCAGAGGUCUCACACAGGAGAAAAACCAUACGAGUGUCCAGAUUGUGGGAAAGGGUUCAGUCAGAGUUCCUACCUGGUGAAACACAAGAGGACUCACACUGGAGAGAAACCCUUUGAAUGUCCUGUUUGUGGGAAAAGUUUCAGUCGAAAUUUCAUCCUGGUAGAACACCAGACAACACACACAGGAGAGGAACCAUAUAAAUGUCCUGUUUGUGGCAAAAGUUUCAUUCGAAAUUACAACCUGGUGAUACACCAGAGAAUUCACACAGGAGAAAAACCAUAUAAAUGUGCUGUUUGUGCGAAAAGUUUCAAUCAGAAUUCCAGCCUGGUGGAACACCAGAGAACUCACACAGGAGAAAAACCAUAUCAGUGUUUGGAUUGCGGGAAACGGUUCAGUCGAAGUUCCUGCCUGGUGAAACACAAGAGGACUCACACAGGAGAGAAACUGUAUAAAUGUCCUGUUUGUGGGAAAAGUUUCAGUCUGAAUACCAGCUUGGUGAAACACCAGAGAACUCACACAGGAGAAAAACCAUAUCAGUGCCUGGAUUGUGGGAAACAUUUCAGUCAGAGUUCCUGCCUGGUGAAACAUAAGAGGACUCACACUGGGGAGAAACCCUUUGAAUGCCCUGUUUGUGGGAAAAGUUUCCGUGAAAAUUCCUGCCUGGUGAGACACCAGAGGACGCACACAGGAGAAAAACCGUAUGAGUGCCUGGAUUGUGGGAAAAGUUUCAAGGAAAGUUCCCACCUGGUGGAACAUCACAGGACACACACAGGAGAAAAACCAUACAAAUGUAGUGAUUGUGGAAAAGGUUUCAAGCAGAGAUCUAAGCUUGUGAGACACCAGAGAACUCACACAGGAGUAAAACCAUUUCAAUGUCCAGAUUGUGGGAAAAGUUUCAGUCAGAAUUCUAACCUGAUGAUACACCAGAGAACUCACACUGGAGAAAAACCUUAUCAGUGUCUGGAUUGUGGCAAAAGUUUCAAGCAGAAUUCUAAGCUUGUGAUGCACCGGAGGGCUCACACUGGAGAGAAACCAUAUGAGUGUCCAGAUUGUGGGAAAAGUUUCAAGCAGAAUUCCAUGCUUGUGGUACACCAGAGGUCUCACACAGGAGAAAAACCAUAUGAGUGUCCAGAUUGUGGGAAAGAUUUCAGUAUCAGGUCUAGCCUUAUAAAUCAUGUAAGGUUACACACAGGAGAGAAACCAUAUGAGUGUCCAGAUUGUGGGAAAGAUUUCAGUAUCAGGUCUAACCUUAUAAAUCAUGUAAGGUUACACACAGGGGAGAAACCAUUCAAGUGUCCAGAUUGUGGGAAGUGUUUCGCACAAAAUUCCUCUCUUAUUGUACACAAGAAAUUCCAUUUGAAACAAAAUUUGAUGUUGAUUGACACAAAAGAGAAGCCUUAUAAAUGUUUGGAAUGUGGAAAAUGUUUUAGAACAAGCAGGGAACUUACUUCCCAUGAAAGGAUCCACACAGGAGAGAAGCUCUACAAAUGCAUGGAGUGUGGAAAGACCUUUGCUCAAAGAGGUAAUCUUAUUUCCCACAAGACGAUCCACACAGGGGAUAAACCAUAUAAAUGCAUAGAGUGUGGAAAGACCUUUGCUCAAAGAGGUAAUCUUAUUUCCCAUAAGAUGAUCCACACAGGGGAGAAACCAUUUGAAUGCAUAGAGUGUGGAAAGACCUUUGCUCAAAGAGGUAAUCUUAUUUCACAUAAGAUGAUCCACACUGGGGAGAAGCCGUAUAAAUGCAUGGAGUGUGGAAAGACCUUUGUUCAUAGCAGUACACUUACUUCCCACGAAAGGAUCCACACAGGGGAGAAGCCGUAUAAAUGCAUGGAGUGUGGAAAGAUGUUUGGUCAUAACAGUGAGCUAAAAAUACACAAAAGGAUCCACACCGGGGAGAAGCCUUUUAAAUGCAUGGAGUGUGGAAAGACCUUUGCUCAAAAAGGUAAUCUUAUUUCCCAUAAGAUAAUCCACACAGGGGAGAAGCCGUAUAAAUGCAUGGAGUGUGGAAAGACCUUUGCUUAUAGUAGUGGCCUUAGUGGCCACAAAAAGAUCCACUCAGGAGAGAAACCAUAUAAAUGCAUGGAAUGUGGAAAGACCUUUGCUCAGAGCAGUGCACUUACUUCCCAUGAAAGGAUCCACACAGGGGAGAAACCGUAUAAAUGCAUGGAGUGUGGAAAGACCUUUGUUCAAAAAGGUUAUCUUAUUUCUCAUAAAAGAAGCCACACAGGGGAGAAACCAUAUAAAUGCAUGGAAUGUGGAAAGUCAUUUGGUCAAAUAGGUCAUCUUAUUUCUCAUAAGAUGAUCCACACAGGGGAGAAGCCAUAUCAAUGCAUGGAGUGUGGAAAGACCUUUGCUCAAAAAGGUGAUCUUAUUUCUCAUAAAAGAGGCCACACAGGGGAGAAGCCGUUUAAAUGCAUGGAGUGUGGAAAGACGUUUACUCGUGGCAGUGGUCUUAGAAACCACAAAAAGAUCCACUCAGGAGAGAGGCCAUUUAAAUGCAUGGAAUGUGGAAAGAACUUUGCUCAUAAACGUAAUCUUAUUUCCCAUAAAAGAAGCCACACAGGGGAGAAACCAUAUAAAUGCAUGGAGUGUGAAAAGAUGUUUACUCGUGGCAGUGAUCUUAGAAGACACAAAAAGAUCCACUGAGAAGAGAAGCCAUAUAAAUGCAUGGUAUGUGGAGAUAGUUUUGUUCACAAUGGUCAUCUUACUUCUCAUAAAAGGAUCCAUGCUUGGGAGAAAUAUAGCAAUAGCAAUUCUGCUUAGACCUAUAUACUACUCCACAAUGCUUUACCAUACUUUCUGAGCAGUUUAUAAAGUCAGCAUAUGGUCCCCAGCAAUCUGGGUCCUCAUUUUAGGGACCUCAGAAGGAUGAAAGACUGAAUCAACCAUGAACUGGUCAGGAUCCAACUCCUGGCUGUGGACAAUCAGCCUCUGUAGUACUGCAUUCUAACCACUGACCCACCAUGUCUCUAUAGAUUUGUAUGUGUGUGCAUAUUGUGCCUUUCUGAUCGAAAUGAGACAAGGUUGAAUCCAACAAAAUGAAACUUAAUGUGGAGAAAAGUAAGAUUUUACACCUGGGCAGUUAAAACAGAUUACAGAAACCUGGCUCAAAAACAGUAACUAUGAGAGGGACCUUGGGAGUCCGAAUGGAUCUCUUAAACAUGAGUCACGUGUGUGUGGCAGCAGCCAAACAAGCUAAUAUAAUCCUUGAUUGUAUAAACAGAAGCAUAGAAUCAAAAUCACGUGAAGUAUUAGUACCAUUUUAUAAAGCCUUAGUAAGUUCUUCUCAUCCUUCCU